AUGGUAAACAUAACUUGGGCAGCGAGACCCGACAAACCCGACAGCGAGACCCAACCCGACAAACCGACAGACCGAGAGAGCCCCAACCCGACAAACCCGACAGCGAGAGCCCAACCCGACAAACCCGACAGCGAGAGCCCAACCCGACAAACCCGACAGCGAGAGCCCCAACCCGACAGCGAGAGCCCCAACCCCACAGCGAGAGCCCCAAACCCGACAAACCGACAGCGAGAGCCCCAACCCGACAAACCCGACAGCGAGAGCCCCAACCCGACAAACCGACAGCGAGAGCCCCAACCCGACAAACCCGACAGCGAGACCCCCAACCGACAAACCGACAGCGAGACCCCAACCCGACAAACCCGACAGCGAGACCCCAACCGACAAAACCCGACAGCGAGAGCCCCAACCCGACAAACCCGACAGCGAGACCCCAACCCGACCCGACAGCGAGACCCCAACCCGACAGCGAGACCCCAACCCGACAAACCGACAGCGAGACCCCCACCCGACAAACCCGACAGCGAGACCCGACAAACCCCAUACCCAACAAACCGACAGCGAGACCUCCAACCCGCAACCCGACAGCCUCUCCUCCCCGACGCAGAUGCAACGGGGCGCGGAAAAGCAACAAAUAAGGCCUGGCAUACAAGCGGCUUCUGGCAGACACUUGAACGCGCGUCUGAAAAUAUCUUCCAUAACAACUGA